AAGUGAAACGGUGCGCUCUGUUUAUGUUAAACACAUGGCAGCAGACCAUACACACUAAUUACUUAACAAUCUUAUUGAUAUAACAUAUUUAAUUGGUAUAUAGAUGCGAUUAUUUACUUCCUGAGUUGAAUGACCGAAUUAAACUGAAUUUGUCUUACAUCUUGGUAAACACUUGUGCACUUCUCCUAUAAUUGUCCUAUAAUUUCUUCAGUUUUUUUGACUUGUCUGAAUCAGUCUGACCCUAAACAUCACACAGCAUCACCUAAAAAGUGUUGAGAUGUGUUCUUCUGAAUGCUUUUUGUCUCUUUCUGCGGAUGUCUUUUAAUCACUCACUCCUUCCUCCCAUCUCUCAGUGUUUCACAGCUCCUCUUGUGUGUGUGUUUUUUUUUCCUCUCCGUCUCUUCAUUUCAGAUGCAGUUCAUGCUUCUGUUCAGUCGACAAGGCAAGCUCAGGCUUCAGAAAUGGUACGUGCCUUUGUCUGAUAAGGAGAAAAAGAAGAUCACCAGAGAGUUGGUGCAGACAGUCCUGGCUCGAAAGCCCAAAAUGUGCAGCUUUCUAGAAUGGAGGGACCUCAAGGUUGUGUAUAAGAGAUAUGCCAGCUUGUACUUCUGCUGUGCCAUAGAGGACCAGGACAACGAGCUCAUCACACUGGAGAUCAUCCACAGAUACGUGGAGCUGCUGGAUAAAUACUUUGGCAGUGUUUGUGAGUUGGACAUUAUUUUCAACUUUGAGAAGGCCUACUUCAUUCUGGAUGAAUUCUUGCUGGGUGGGGAAGCUCAGGAGACGUCCAAAAAGAAUGUAUUGAAGGCCAUUGAGCAGGCUGACCUGCUACAGGAGAGCCAGAGUGAAGACUGGGGGAGUUUGCCAAAUGAGGAGAUCUUGUAAAGGGCCUAGAGUCCAUCCAGGCAAUUGGACGCAGAGACCCCGCGCAGCGUACUGGAGGAAAUUGGACUGACAUAAAAUGGCCCUCAUCACCAUCCACACACCACACCCUCCCUCCUCUGCCAGCUACUCUGCUGUACGUAGCCGUUACCAACACCAAUUCACAUUUGAGCACACACAACCUCACAGUCACAUACACAGGCAUGGUUUCCCUGUGCAUCUUUCCACAACAAGGCUUUUGUUUUCUCCUUUUAAUACUCUGUGACAGACAAUGUAGCACUGUUUGUAUGUUUUCUACUAAGUUAUCUAUUUGUUCAGUGUAAUGACAUUAACUGUUACUAUACUAAGGGAAAAUGCAGCAUAAUUAAAAAAUGUUUUUGCUGCUUUUCAGUCCACAGCAUAGAUUGUAUGGUCUAUGGUCCACAGGAAGAUGCUGUACUGAGUUAACUGCUUGAUUUAUAUUUGACCAAAGCUGAUGUGAUCAUUGUAUUCUGUAAAAUAGAUUCACAAUUUUAGAAGUAGUUCUGAAUUACAAAUGUGUUAGACCCAAAGAAUAUGUGAUAUUGUAAAGGGAAGUCAAAAGUAUUACAUUUACAAAACCAAAGAAGUAUGUUUCAUCUCGCCUUUGUUACUUAAACAUUGCAUUGUGACCAUAGUUUCAGACAUAUUCAGCAUUUCAAAUUGACCCACUGACUUACACUGUAAUGCACUGCUGCAAUCUGAGGUGAAAUCACUGUGGAUAAACUGGCUUGAAAAUAGAAAUUGUUGUAUGUCAUAUAAUGAGGGACUGUUUUACUCCUAUAGUCUGUUUGGUCUUUCUAAUAACAGGUUCAUGCCUUGUUGAAUGCCUUAAUCUCUUGAGAAAUUGAUGUCUGUUUAUUUGAAGUGAGAGAAUCUGUUAAUGCUCCAUAAUUCAGUAGCAUUUGCAUGCCACUGCAGUGUAGCAGGUCAGUGCAUUGAGUUUGUUUUAUUGAUAUAUUAUGUGCAAGAACUAAAUUGACUGUUGACAUUUCUUCAUGUUGUUCUUCGCUACUGUACCUCUCUUAUAGGUUUUUUGUGAUGAAAACAUUUCAGCGAUUGACAUUGUAAUAUUCCAGUCACUUUAAAUAUCUAAUCAGUGUUGUCGAGGCAGAAUUUAAUCAAUGAGAUCUUUUCACUUAAAGCUGCAUUAGUCCAUCUUCAGCCACUAGAUGCUAGCUGACAUACACAGCAUUGAAAUAUUAUGGCCUUAUUACAUUGUUGUUAGCAAAAAAAAAAAAAAAAAAAGCUUGGCGCAACAUCAUCAUCUCAUUGCGGUCAUGUUUCUGACCACCUGUUGAUAUUCACAGCCCUUUAGCUCUGUUUUGGUUUCCACCAACUACUGAGAAUAAUAUCUGGAUCUUAAGCUCCCAGGUAUUUGACUUUGUUUACCAGCUAGUUACUACCUACACUGGACUUUUCAGAGCUUGUUUACUGGAUACAACUGGCUGCUGUUGCUAGAAAAUGGGUUAAUGAGAGUGGUGAGACUGAACAUACCAAACCAAAACAGUGAGCUAAAAGAAGCUAAAAAGGAAGAAAAAAAAAAAGCACCUCAGAGCUACAGAGUUGAAGUUGCUCUUUGGAUUCUUUACUAUGAGCUACACCUUUUAUACUUAAAUGUAUUCAUUUGAUUUAAUGUUAAUCUAAAAAAAAUAUCUGAUUAAUGCAGCUUUAACUUUACACUUUCAGACUGGAUGUGAUUAUGACUUAAGAAUUGUUUAAUAACAGUGUUAUAUAAAAACAGACCUGUGCCAAUCAUACAGAACUCUGACACAACAAUUUAAAGCCGAGGCAUCUCUGCUGAGUAUUUGACCUUAAAACCUUCGCACACCUAACAUCCACCCUCACAGGUGUUUUCAGAUACUUUGCCUGGACUGUGUCUGAUUGACAUCUCCCUCAUUCUCCUGUUAGCUUUGUUUCACAACCUAUUUAGACCUUUGUUUCCCAUCAGCACAUGGAGUUUGGUAACUUCAUGUAAUAGUUCCACCCAACUACAACCUCCUAAGCUCAUCAGGAAGACUAACUGAAAACACCUGUGAGGGUGUGCAAGGCCGUUUAAAAAGCCGUUUCACUGUCUACCCCAAAUUGGUAAUGUUAAAAACCAAGAAGCUUUGGCCACUGACAAAGUCAAACACUGUAUAGCAUGUAAACUUACCGAUUUACUACUACUGUGUUACUACUGUGACUCUGAAAAAAAGAUAGUUAAAACUUGAAUGAACAUGAAUAAAACAUCAGUGGUGUCAGUGAUUUCCAGCCACUUGGAUGAGUAAUUAAAAAUAAUAGAAACCUAGUAAAAUGUAAAAUGCCUUGUGCACAGGACUGUACAAACAUGAACUGGCAUUCUAUCUGUAUUUUAUCUUCUCUUGCACACUAUGUACAUUUUUAAGAAGCUGGUAUUGUUUAAACUAAAACCAAAAUCUUUAUAUAUGCUCACUUUUUGGUUUUCCUAUUUUGCAACAUCUUCUGUAUAUCACAGUUGAAAUAUUGAAAUCUUCCUAUUAUAACUUUUGUAUUAUUUUAAAUGAGCAUUUUCAUGUGUAAUGUAUGCAGUACAUGAUAUGCUGUAUCUCAGAAGUGUGACCGAUAGAAUCUAUGCUAUUCUAUACUGUGAGAAAAGUUAAAUAUACAGUAGCUGAAGCAUGAAUGCAGUGCAACCUGUUUAUUAUAUUACUGGACUUGUGUUUUCUGACAAAGGAUGAAUUGUGUAGUUUGCUGUUACAGUGUCUACAAUAGGCAAAGGAGGAAGAUUGUGUUUUCCUGUCAAGUUCAGCAAUAAAGAGUACUCCGGGACAGAGAGCCUGUACUGUCACAAA